GAAAAUGUCGGGCGGUAUGCUAGGUUGGCCGUAGUGUAAAGUUUUUCACGUACUACAUUUUUUAUUUGUCUUUUAUUUAUUAACCAUCACUUCAACACAUCCUGAAGAUAAUUGGUGUACAAUUUUACUACAAUUAUUUACCAGAUAUCAGAAAGAAAAAAUGAAAGUGUGGGGAGCCCACGGGGAAUUCUGCGCUAGACAUCAAUGGGAAGUCAUCGUAGCCACCCUGGCUUUACUAGCAUGUGCAGCUAGUGUCGAGCGACAUGGCCCAGGGAACAGAUCUGAACACUGUGCGGGUUGGGCUCGAGCGUGUCCCGGCCUUGAAGCGGAGUAUCAAGCAGCCGACGCGGUCAUCAUGACUUUUGUCCGCUGUGCCGCCCUGCUAUAUGCAUACUACCAAGUUCUCAACCUUCACAAAAUAGCCUCGAAAUACCUCCUCAUCAUAGCCGGGGUGUUCUCAACGUUUGCCAGUUUUAUAUUCACGUCGGCACUCGCUAGCCUGUUCUGGAGCGAAUUGGCUAGUAUAAAGGAUGCGCCGUUUCUCUUUCUGUUGGUGGCUGAUGUCGCCAGAGGUGCUAGGAUGGCGAAAGCGGGGUGGUCGGCCGGUGAAGACCAAGGGAAGAGGGUUGGGAGGGCCUUGUCGUUGUUAGGACCAACUGCAACUCUGGACACGCUACUCGCCAUAUUAUUGGUCGGCGUCGGAGCUUUAUCUGGUGUUCCCCGUCUCGAGCAUAUGUGUACUUUUGCUUGCCUAGCCUUGUUAGUUGACUACAUUGUGUUCAUAACUUUCUACCCCGCUUGUUUGUCAUUGGUAGCAGAUUUCGCAACGAACAGAAAAGAAAUAGCCCACGACAGUCCAUUCUCGGAGGAGGACUUGAAACCCAACCCUGUGGUGCAGAGAGUCAAAAUGAUUAUGGCCGCUGGCUUAUUGUGCGUUCAUUUGACGAGCAGGUGGCCUUGGUCCGCUAAUCACGGCAUAAUUGAGGGACCAAUUGAUGCAUCCAUACCUGUUCCCCACGACAAUAUACUCCUCCAUUCAUACGUGAAGUGGUUCUCUGUGAGCGCAGACUACAUCGUUAUAGCGACGCUGCUCUGCGCUUUGAUUAUAAAAUUCAUUUUCUUUGAAGAGCAACGUAACUGGGUUUAUGAUAUGGACGACAUGACUGUAAAGGAAGUGAUAAAUGACACCGAUUUGAGCCGUAAACCCAAGUUUUCUGUCGGUGACGAUUCCAAUUCUGAAGUGUCUACACAGACCGAUGAGGCUGGAAAUGUCGAGGACAUGGAGUGGCCCACUUUGUCCCCAAGCUCCUCGGCCUCUAAAUUGAACGCCAAAAAGAGGCCUAUGGUCGAAUGCUUAGAGCUAUAUCGAUCUGGUGCUUGCACUUCUCUCAGCGAUGAAGAAGUCAUAAUGCUAGUCGAGCAAUCCCAUAUACCCAUGCACAGAUUGGAAGCUGUGCUGGAGGAUCCCUUGCGCGGUGUGAGACUGCGCCGGCGAGUGAUCGCGUCGAGAUUUAACAACGAAACCGCAAUAAAACAACUUCCCUACUUAAACUACGAUUAUAGUAAAGUCUUAAACGCGUGCUGUGAGAAUGUGAUUGGCUACAUUGGAGUUCCCGUCGGAUAUGCCGGCCCGUUGGUGGUAGACGGGAAGCCUUACAUGAUCCCGAUGGCUACGACCGAGGGGGCUUUGGUGGCGUCAACAAACCGCGGAGCCAAAGCCAUUGGCAGUAGGGGAGUGACGAGUGUCGUCGAAGAUGUCGGCAUGACAAGAGCGCCGGCUGUCAAAUUGCCAAACGUAGUGCGAGCCCAUGAAUGCCGACAAUGGAUCGACAAUAAAGAGAACUACGCUCUGCUCAAAGAGGCGUUCGAUUCGACUUCAAGAUUCGCCCGGCUCCAAGAAAUACACGUCGGAGUUGACGGAGCUACUCUCUAUCUAAGGUUCAGAGCGACAACUGGCGACGCUAUGGGAAUGAACAUGGUCUCGAAAGGCGCGGAAAACGCUUUAAAACUAUUAAAAACCUUCUUCCGUGAUAUGGAAGUUAUUAGUUUGUCAGGGAAUUAUUGUUCGGACAAAAAGGCAGCGGCGAUAAACUGGAUCAAAGGUAGAGGUAAAAGGGUUGUCUGCGAGACUGUCAUAUCCAGUGAAAAUUUGCGCACGAUCUUCAAGACCGACGCUAAAACUCUGUCUCGGUGCAACAAAAUCAAGAAUUUAUCCGGUUCCGCUUUAGCCGGGUCCAUAGGCGGCAACAACGCGCACGCGGCCAACAUGGUUACCGCUAUCUUCAUAGCUACCGGCCAAGAUCCGGCUCAGAACGUCACUAGCAGCAACUGCUCGACAAAUAUGGAAGCUUACGGGGAAAACGGCGAAGAUCUAUACGUUACCUGCACCAUGCCCUCCUUGGAAGUCGGCACAGUAGGUGGGGGAACAGUUUUGACGGGUCAGGGAGCGUGUCUAGAAAUCUUAGGAGUCAAAGGAGCGGGUACGCGACCUGCCGAGAACUCCGCCAGGCUGGCGUCCCUAAUAUGCGCUACGGUUUUAGCUGGCGAGCUUAGUCUAAUGGCGGCCUUGGUUAAUUCGGAUCUGGUGAAAUCGCACAUGCGUCACAACAGAUCGACGCUUAACGUUCAAACUGCCAAUGUCGAACCUUACACGGUGGCACUCAAAGUACCUCCAUCAUAACGACGAAUCCGGUCGCGAGAGAUUCCAUGAGGCUUUACAAUCUUCGACCGCACGUGAAACGGUUGCGUGCAAUAGAAAACAAGAUGUGAGCAAUAUUAUGCUAUGGACAUACGAUUGUCGGUUUUAAUUAUUAGGGAAUUAGAUCUACAAUUCGAAUUGCAAGGAGGCAGAAUAUUAACCAAAACAUAUUUUAAAAUAUUAGGGAAUGUGACCAAAGCUUCUGUCGUGCGACAGGCAAUAAAACCAAUAAUUUCCUUGCAUAGCACAGGGAUUUGUAAGAAUAAUCGAUGGAACAGUAAUGAUAAUCGCUUUUGCAUUAAUUUUAAACAGUUUCAUUAAUGUUUACCGGUCUGUUUCGUUCCGUUGAGCUAAUGGAGGUCUUAUGAACGAUAUUGUGAGAUAUGUGCUUUAGAAAUUAAAAUCAUGAACACUUAACUGUCUGAUGAAGGCGUAAUAGGACACUACCUCAUUUGUCCUUGCGGCGGUAGAAAACGCAACGUUGUUCCCUCAAAAGUACUGCGUGGGAGUUCUCUCUCCUUACCUGCUACUGCUAACCAUAAACAUAAGUGUCAUUAGUGUAUUUAUCGAACUCAAGUGUACGGUUGGCAUCACUGAAUUCAAUUCAAAGGUGAAUGACCUAACGCGUACGUUAAAAUAAAAUUAAGGUAUAUUUUAAUGUAAACGCUCGAAUAAAAAGUUGGUUUUUCUAUGUGAUGAUAUUUUCUUAUUUAAAACUUAAUUAUUUGGGCAUGAAAUGAUUAAAAUGUGCUUAUGAGAUAUAUCUUUAUAAACGUGUUGAUUUGUUGUAUUGGGUGGGAUGUAGGUGUGGGUGUAGCAUAUAGACUAAUUGUAACAAAAUGUAUAGAUAACUUAUUAGUGAAAAAUCGAAAUAUGGUUAAAUUUUACAAUAUCGGGGGUGAAAAAGGUUAUUUGAUUAAGUGACAUGUCGCUUAAUAUGCCGUCUCUGUAAUUAAAGUUCCGUUUUAUUUGGUUUUAGCAUCAAUAGUUCAGUAUUUUUAUUGAACUUCAUUCAAAUAGUUGCCAAAAAGUUUUUUGUUAUAUUUUUUCCAAAUUUUAUACAUGAAAAUUAUGCAAAAAUGUCGCUUAGACCAAAUACCCUUGCACCCCUCAAAUUAUGAUUAGUACUAACAAAAAGCAAACGUGUGAAUGCGCUCCAGACAAAAAAUGCUAUCUUGACGAAAUUUGUCUGAAAUAAAAAAUGUCAAUUGUAUUGAAGACAGUUAUAAGGGUAGUCGUAACUUUCCCUUAUGGAGGGUAGAGCUAAGGAGAACCGUCUCAUAUGGGAGAAGCUUGAAAAACUUGUCCCACUUUCAGCACUAAAUAACAGUUCAAAAAUCUUCCAGAAUGGCGCUAG